GGACGCUCAAACCAGACAACUGCAAGAUGCUGUCACAAAUGUGGAGAAGCAUUUUGGGGAACUGUGCCAAAUCUUUGCUGCUUAUGUGCGUAAAACUGCCAGACUGCGAGACAAAGCAGACCUCCUGGUGAAUGAAAUCAACAUGUAUGCCUCUACGGAGACCCCAAAUUUAAAGCAAGGCCUGAAAAACUUUGCUGAUGAGUUUGCCAAACUUCAGGAUUAUCGACAAGCAGAGGUUGAAAGACUUGAAGCCAAAGUGGUUGAACCUUUGAAAGCUUACGGAGCAAUUGUAAAACUGAAACGGGACGAUCUCAAAGCAGCAUUAACAGCAAGGAAUCGAGAAGCUAAGCAGCUGACUCAGUUAGAAAGAACACGUCAGCGAAACCCUUCUGACCGACAUGUAAUUUCACAGGCAGAAGCUGAAUUACACAUAGCUUCAACAGAUGUUACCCGAACAACUCGUCAUCUGGAGGAAACUAUUGACAAUUUUGAAAAGCAGAAAAUAAAGGAUAUCAAGAAUAUAUUUUCAGAAUUUAUCACAAUCGAAAUGUUAUUUCAUGGCAAAGCGUUAGAGGUCUACACUGCUGCCUAUCAAAAUAUACAAAAGAUUGAUGAAGAUGAAGAUUUAGAGGUUUUCCGAAAUUCUCUGUAUCCACUAGAUUAUCCAUCUCGUUUAGAUAUUGUAAAAGCAAAUUCCAAGUCACCUCUUCAACGAUCACUGUCAGCCAAGGGUGUAUCCGGAACCGGACAGGUAUCUACCUGUCGAUUAAGAAAGGAUCAACAUGCAGAAGACGAUGAAGAUGAAGAGGUAGACUUUACAGAAGAAGAAAAUUAAUUUUAAGUUAAUUUCCAAUGUCCAUUUUUCAUCUUAAAUGACUUGGAAACUUUAUACUCACUUGACAGGUUAAACCUCAAAACAAAAAUCCUACAAAUGCAAAAAUAAAGGAAAUUUAUGCUGACCAAAAAUUAAGGUUUUAAAAAAUAAUUUCAACAUCCUAAUGGUAUGAUUUUUUUCAUGUAAAUUCCAUUUUUUACAAAAAGAUUAUACAUUUCAAAGCACUUCAUAAUACACUGUAUUUAGUUGAGUUGCAAUAAGAAGGAACUAAAAACAAAAGAUUUAAUUCCUCUUAGCUUCUUCAACAUUAAGGCUCCAUGUUUUCAACAUCAGAAAAAAAUCUGAUUGCAUACAAAUUCUAUUCCAUGAAACUUUAAGAGCUUUUUUCUUUUGUACCUUUAUUAAAACCUUAUUUCAUUUGACAUGUAAAUUUACUGUUUUCAACAAGAGUGUACUUGAAUAAAAGAAAUGAGGAAUUAUAUCAGGUUUUAUAAAUACACAUAAAGCUUAAAUUUUAAGCUUAAAAACAGUUCACAUUCAACUUGAUACUGGCUUUAAAAAAACUGCUGUCAUACUAAGUCACCAUAUAUGGUACUGUAAAUUAGAAAGCUAGUAAUUUAUUGGAAUGUUGCCUCAUUAUGGAACAAAGAUUAUUAUUAAAACUGUAAAAAUUUGGGCAACCUAUCAUCUUGAUAAUAAAAGAGUAUACACAGCCACUCUUAAUAACAAAACAAUUUAAUCAAAGCUUUCAUUGUAUCUGACGCUUCUGUUUCUUUUGGUGAGGAAUUAAUACUUCUGUGACUUGGUGGAUCCCACUCAGAUACAGGAAAACUGAAAUUUAUAGUCAUUUGGGAUAACUGGAAAAAGCAAUUUACUGUAUUCACAACAGGAAAUAAAGACUUUCUAGAAAGCGUUUUUGACUUGUCA